AUGUCAGAAUAUGAGGUUGACCAAGAGGACGAUAUGGUUGGGUACAUAUCGAUAAAAGAUUACGCAUAUGACGAAUCAAAUCCGUUACAUUUUGGUUAUUUUGAAGAAGAUGAUGAAGAUCAGAACAACCUUCGAUUGAGUGGGAACAGAGAAAGUGUGUUACUACCAGAUGAUUAUAUCGUUAAUAAGAGAGCCAUAGCGAUGUAUGCUUUUGUCCCAGAAAAUGAUAACGAGUUGGAGUUGAAAGAAGGAGAUGUCGUAUAUAUAAGUUACAAGCAUGGCCAAGGGUGGUUAGUGGCAGAAAAUCACGAUAGAUCCAAGACAGGAUUGGUACCGGAAGAGUAUGUGCAGUUGAUUGAAGACGAUGGCGAAGACAACGGUAGGUAUGAGAAUCCUAGGCCGUUUUAUCUUACUCAAAUGAUAACGCAGAGCAUGUCUAAUUAUCACGAUGAUGAUUGGGAAGACAUAGAAGAUGACGAGGAAGCUGAAGGACAUAGUGAUAAAGAGCACAGAAGUAUACAGCGACCCAGUCAAGAUUCAGUAUCAGUUGAUAUAACGAACAACAAUGGUGUUUCUCAUGAUAAUAGAACUGUUCUUGAAAACGGAAAAACAGGCAGUACGUUAAAUGAAAAGAGCGACGUAUCAGAACUCGCGAAAGAUAUCAAGGAGAAAUUGGAUCUAUAG